CUUCUUUUGCGCACAGACAUCAUGGGUUUUCCCAAAUACGCAUCCAUCCUACUUUUAUCUUUUUGUAUCUCAUGUCUUUACUUGUUCCAUAUUGCUGUGACGCGAAAAUUUGCAACAUUUUACAACGAUUAUUCUGCAGCCGUGAGGAGUAUCAAUGUCUCGUUGUCUCAUUCACUUCGGUAUCACCAUCCGACUCUGUGUGAUCCUUUUGUGAAACAGAUGAGUGGUUAUGCCGAUAUUGGCUCAGGAAAGCAUUUGUUUUUCUGGUUCUUUGAAGCACGGAGAAAGGCCGCUACCGCACCUACGAUCCUGUGGCUCAAUGGUGGGCCUGGAUGUUCCUCUUUAACAGGACUUUUCAUGGAAUUAGGUCCUUGUCGAGUAACAGGAGGAGGAAAUGAUACAGUGAUCAAUCCACACUCGUGGAAUGAAUAUGCCAACAUCAUAUUUCUGGAUCAGCCUGCAUCCGUGGGAUAUUCUUUUGGUACGGAAAACGUUGACAAUUCCGUCGCUGUCGCCAAUGAUGUAUUUGCCUUUCUGCAACAGUUCUUUGGCGACUUUCCAGAGUAUGCUAGACGAGACUUUCAUAUUGCCGGUGAAUCAUACGCAGGCCGAUACAUCCCUGUCUUGGCGGCUCUUAUACAGCAGCAUAAUCAUCAAGUUUCGAAACCUUUGGCCGCUACAACCAUUCCGCUAGCAAGCCUCAUGUUUGGCAAUGCUCUCGUGGAUCCUCUUGUGCAAUACCGCUACUACCCGCAGAUGGCCUGUAAUAAUUUUUACAAGCCAGUGCUUAAUCAAACCGAAUGUCAAUUGAUGCAUCAUCGCGUUCACCCUUGCGUGGACCGUAUCGAGCAAUGCUAUAAAGAACCAACAGUUGCUUCAUGUUAUUCUGCGACUACCGAGUGCAAUCUUCACAUUGUCCGUCCAUUGAUCGAUCAAGCUCGUUAUAAUCCUUAUGACGUACGAGCAGAAUGUAAAGAUCAUACUAGUAUCUGCUACAGCACGUUUCAUGACGUGGCCCUCUAUUUAAAUCGGGAAGAGGUCAAACAAGCGCUCGGUGUGGGUCAUCAACGGAUUUUUGAAAGUUGUUCCACUGAAGUCCAGAUUAACUUUCAGUUAUCCGGUGACUGGAUGAAACCUUAUGUGGAUCAUCUUGCUCCUUUAUUGGAAAACGGUAUCCGCAUUCUCGUCUAUGCUGGUAACGCGGAUCUGAUGUGUCCUUGGAUGGGCAACAAGGCAUGGACACAAUCGUUACGUUGGAGCGGCCAGAAAGCUUAUAACCAAGCGGAAGAUAAACUGUGGUCGUCAUCAACUACGGGUCGUGAAGCAGGCCAAGUUCGCUCCACUCAAGAUAAUCGUCUAAGCUUUGUACAAAUCCACGAAGCAGGACACAUGGCUCCCUACGAUCAGCCUGAACAUUUGCUAGAAAUGAUGAAUCAAUGGAUACACAAUAAAACAUUGUAAUGUAAAUUAGCA